AAAAGGAAUAAAUCAUAGAGUAGAUUCUCAUAUGAAUACUAUAAUUUUGUUUUCAUAUUGUAUUAAUAUAAAAAUUUUUAAAAAUGUCUAAGAUAAACAAAAGUGUGCACGAUUGAUAUAACUGCUCUGUCUAAACAAUCAUGAUUUCAUUUAUUCAUGUCUAUUGAUGAUCUCUUUUUGACAUCAGCAGAAGAAUGACUUCACGCGUAUCAAUCCAAAUGUUUCGCAUAAAAAGAUUUGUUCUUGUCGCGAUGUUAAUUGUUCGAUCACAUAUGCCUCAUGUUGGAAUAUAUAUCACAUUUAUUUACUUAUGAAAACAUUGUUUCCAUGUGGUGAAAAUUAUUUUUUUUACUUCUAUGUUUUUCAAGCAAGAAAAAAAAAGUUUUUGGUAGCUAUUGAACAGUGGGUGUUGUUUUAUAAAACUAUUUUUUUAUUUAGACCAUCUGAUCGUGGAAAUGAAUAGUAAGUUUAUUUUGAAAUAAAUAUUUUUUUCUGUUAUUUAGAUCAUCUGAUCGUCGAAAUGAACAAUCAUCUGAUCCUUCAAAUAAACAACCAUCUGAUCGUCGAAAUAAACAAUCAUCUGAUCCUUCAAAUGAAUAG